UGCCCUGAGGGUGAGUAAAUCUUUGGCUAAUUUUUGUUUUUGGGUGAACUAUCCAUUUAAACAGGACUGUAUUAUAAAUGCAGAUUGCAGAUUAUAUGUACUUUGAGUUAUUAAACCAGUUUCCUUUCAUGUUUUUAAUAGGCAUAGAAUUCAUUCACCAGCUGACGCGCAGAUAUAAGUAUAAACUCAGAGUAGAUUUGGAGGACUUUCAAGGAAAGAAGGCUUACGCUCUGUACGAGUCUUUCUCUGUGGACUCUGAGGCUGAUGGAUACAAACUGCAUGUGAGCGGCUUUGUAGAUGGAGGAGCAGGUGACUCUUUGAGUCCACACAAUGGAGCAAAGUUCUCCACCUUUGACAAAGACCAAGAUCUUUCAGAUGAUCGCAACUGCGCUAAACAAUACUAUCUAGGAGGGUUUUGGUACUCAGCUUGUUAUGCCACAAACCCUACUGGUCUGUAUUUGUGGGCUAAAGAUCACGAUGGCAGUUUUAAUAUAGGGGCCACCUGGUACCACUGGAAGAAGAGCUGGAGAUCUCUGAAGUCCAUCACCAUGAAGAUCAGACGUGUGAUGUAGGUUUACAAACAUAUGUAAAAUGAAAAUGUGCUUGAAUGAAAAUUAUUUUUCUUUAUUUGUGGUGGCAAGUGGUGUCACCCUUAGUUUUCAACAGCUGAAAUAAAUAUUA